GCGGCGGCGGGAGGAGGAGGUGGAGGUACUGCUGGUUGCCGCUGUUGCCUCCGCGGCUGGGCGCCUGGGCUGAGCCCGGGUUUCUGCGGCCACCAUGGACGAACAGGCGGGUCCCGGCGUUUUCUUCAGCAACAACCAUCCGGGCGCCGGCGGUGCUAAGGGGAUCGGGCCUCUGGCGGAGGCUGCCGCGGCCGGCGACGGGGCGACGGCGGCGGGGGCGGCCCGAGCCCAGUACAGCCUCCCCGGGAUCCUGCACUUCCUGCAGCACGAGUGGGCCCGCUUCGAGGUGGAGCGAGCCCAGUGGGAGGUGGAGCGGGCGGAGCUGCAGGCUCAGAUUGCUUUCCUUCAAGGAGAAAGAAAAGGUCAAGAAAAUUUGAAGAAGGAUCUUGUCAGGAGGAUCAAAAUGUUGGAAUAUGCUCUUAAACAAGAAAGCCAUACGACAAGACGAAGCAGGUGGAAGCCCACUACAGUUGUAAGCCAACAGCUCCAAACACAAUUUGUCACCUUGGGCCGGGGACUGAGUGAAAAGGAGGCACUGAGGUCAAAUACUAUGUUGGUUUGUUUUUCCAAAAAAGAUGAAGGUAAUGAAACUGAAUUGCAGCCACAACCAAACAGUCAGUUAAUGUGGAAACAAGGACGACAACUACUUAGACAGUAUCUCCAGGAGGUGGGAUACACAGAUACUAUUCUAGAUGUGAAAUCUAAACGAGUGCGAGCUUUGUUGGGCUUUUCAAGUGAUGUCACUGACAGAGAAGAUGACAAAAAUCCGGACUCAGUUAUAAAUGGCACAGAAGCUGAAAGUAAAGAGACAGCAAUGAUUGGAAAAUCCGAGUUAACAGAUUCUGCCUCCGUGCUGGAUAAUUUCAAAUUCCUUGAAAAUGCAGCUGCAGAUUUCAGUGAUGAAGAUGAAGAUGAUGAUGAGGGAAGAGAUAAAAGUGUCAUUGAUACUUCAACGAUUGUUAGGAAAAAAGCAUUGCCUGAUACCAGUGAAGAUCGAGAUACAAAAGAAGCUCUAAAGGAGUUUGACUUCUUGGUUACAUCAGAGGAAGGAGACAAUGAAUCUAGAAGUGCAGGUGAUGGAACAGACUGGGAAAAGGAAGACCAAUGUCUCAUGCCUGAAGCCUGGAAUGUGGACCAGGGAGUAAUUACCAAACUCAAGGAACAAUACAAAAAGGAGAGAAAGGGGAAAAAAGGGGUGAAGAGACCCAAUAGGUCAAAGCUACAAGAUAUGCUUGCUAAUUUGAGAGAUGUUGAUGAACUUCCUUCAUUGCAGCCGUCUGUGGGUUCACCUUCCAGACCCAGCAGCUCCAGGCUACCUGAGCAUGAAAUCAGUAGGGCAGAUGAAGUUGAAGCACUGACAUUUCCUCCUUCUUCUGGAAAGUCUUUCAUUAUGGGAGCAGAUGAAGCCCUUGAAAGUGAACUAGGACUUGGAGAAUUAGCAGGCCUUACAGUGGCCAAUGAAGCAGACUCACUAGCUUACGAUAUAGCAAACAAUAAAGAUGCACUGAGGAAGACUUGGAACCCUAAGUUUACAUUAAGAAGUCAUUUUGAUGGCAUUCGAGCCCUUGCUUUCCACCCCAUUGAGCCUGUUUUGAUAACAGCAUCAGAAGAUCAUACACUGAAAAUGUGGAAUUUGCAGAAAACAGCUCCAGCCAAAAAGAGUACUUCUCUUGAUGUAGAGCCUAUCUAUACCUUCAGGGCUCACAAAGGCCCAGUGCUUUGUGUGGUAAUGAGCAGCAAUGGUGAGCAAUGCUACAGUGGUGGUACUGACGGACUGAUCCAGAGCUGGAAUACCACCAAUCCUAACAUUGAUCCCUAUGAUUCCUACGAUCCUUCUGUAUUGCGAGGCCCUCUGCUAGGUCACACAGAUGCAGUCUGGGGUUUGGCAUACAGUGCGGCACAUCAGCGUUUGUUGUCCUGUUCAGCAGAUGGCACUCUUCGUUUAUGGAAUACAAUGGAGGUUGCUCCAGCUCUGAGUGUAUUUAGUGAUAAUCAAGAAUUGGGAAUCCCUGCCUCUGUGGAUCUUGUGAGCAGUGAUCCGAGCCAUAUGGUUGCAUCAUUCAGCAAAGGAUAUACGAGCAUCUUUAACAUGGAAACACAACAACGAAUUCUCACUUUAGAAUCCAAUGUAGAUUCAACAUCCAGCUCUUCCUGCCAAAUAAACAGAGUCAUCAGUCAUCCCACUCUUCCUAUCAGCAUUACUGCUCAUGAAGACAGGCACAUCAAAUUCUUCGAUAACAAUACAGGCAAACUGAUCCACUCAAUGGUAGCCCACCUAGAAGCUGUCACAAGUUUAGCAGUUGAUCCUAAUGGCCUGUACUUGAUGUCUGGCAGUCAUGACUGUUCAAUACGUUUAUGGAAUCUUGAAAGUAAGACAUGUAUCCAAGAAUUCACAGCUCACCGGAAAAAAUUUGAAGAAUCAAUUCAUGAUGUAGCUUUCCACCCUUCAAAAUGCUAUAUAGCCAGUGCUGGAGCUGAUGCACUGGCUAAAGUCUUUGUAUGACAAAAUGCUUCAUCUUCACUUCUAGCUCUUUAUAAAUAAUCAACUGCACAAAAGAGAUAUGGAAGACCAGGGCAAGAAUCUACUCAUGCUGCCCAAUUGUUCUGCUGAAGGAGCACAGAGAACAUUUGUUAAAGUAUAGUUUUGCAAUUCAUAAUACUGUUUGCUAAAGUUAAGGUUUGUUUAGGUUGCUGCAAGCUCAGCUGAAUUUGUAAGCCUGAAAACAGUUUCAGAUUUUCCCCCCAAAAAGGCGCUUUAUUUCUCAAAUUGUCUUAAUUCACUAGGCAAGACUGAGCGAACACAGGUGUAGCUUGUCUUAUCCCUCUUUGAUAAAUAAGACGUGAUGUAGUAGUUAAUUAAAAGCUGAAUGGCUGGGAAUGAGUAGAGGACAAGUAAAAAGUUAUAUUUAAUUCCCCCUUGUGAAAUCCUGUAAAACAAAUUAGGUAGUCAAACUGUCACCUUUACUAUAUCUGCUGUACUAAUCCCAUUGUGUACAAUGACCAGACAGUGUUGAAAUGAGUUUUUAAUUUAGCUUUCCUCGCAGCUAUUUGCAUAAAGCAUGUACAAGGCAUUUUACCUUUUAUGAGGAAAAGAUGCUCAAUGUAUUAUUCAGCCAUGCUAAACAAAUACUUAGUUUGCAAGCAGAUUUCUGUGUUGUAUUAUAGUUUUGACAAUAUACUUGGUACCCUAAAAUUCAACUGCCAGGCAUCACCAUUAUGAAGAAUAGUUAAUGAACCUGCCUUUACUACAGGAUUUAACUUACUUGGAUUUGAAAUUCUGUUCUAAGGGCAAACAAGGAAUAUCUCUAAUAAUUCUAGUUUUAAAAAAUUCUUAUUUACGUGAUAGUUAUAACACCAGAAUUAUUAUUUCAUACUGAUGAAAAUUAAGUGACUGGAGAAAAGGAAAUUAUUUACUAGUACUCAUUUGUCAAAACCCACAUACCCAUGCUUCAGAUGAUCUCUGCUCUUUAUUUUACAUUUGUGUUAUCUUGACAGCUACAAAAAGAAUUUGUAAUUGUUUUGUGUUUUAAUAGUCCAGAGAGUAUGGCUCAGGCAAUUUUUUUUUUAAAGCAGAACUAACUAAAGCAAAUGUUUGGUACUUUAGAAGCUCACUAUUAGUAUUUCUAAGAUUAACCUCCUGGAAAUCUAGAUGGAUGAGUUUAAUGCCUUAUCAUUGGCUAAAAGGUCUUCUCUCCUUCACCUUUCCUUAUUGUUCAGUUGGAAUAUGUGUUUGAAUGGGUAGUGAAUCAGUUUUGUUUUUAGAGAAGACCAUGUGUUGAAAGGCCAGGUUUUACUUUAUUUGGUAUCCACAUGUAGUCAGCUUCAGGGAUUCUCAUGAUUCUGCUGUCUAGAACUACAAUUAUUAUGACCCCUCUUUAUGUUCUUCCCUUCAAAUACAAAAGAUCAAUAUAAGCAUUAAAAUAUUAAUGUCCAACUUUUGCCAAAAUGUAUAUACCAUAGGCUUCCAGUCUUUUAAGAGCUUAUAACCAUAAAUAUUUUAACUCCUUAAAUAAGUCCUACAUUUCUAUCCCCAUAUAUUCCAUUGUCAUAGCACUGAUACUUCCGAUACUAAGUACUUCUUUGAAGUGUAGUGUUCUCCUGAUUUUGCAGAUAUUAAUUGAUAAUACAUUUUUUUUCAAUUUCUGCUGUCUGCCUCUAGAAUUCUGUAGUACAAGGAUAUCUUUUUUUUUUUGCUAAAGCUGUAAGAUCUGUGCUAAACUUAUGCAUAUGUAAUAGAAACAUGCUCUAGUAUUUUGACACACUGCUUUUUAAACUUUGUGCUUCGGUUAACAAGCUGGCGUAAGGAACUUCUUUGUGUAGUCAAGUGAAUUCACCUAAGCAUAAGUUACCAGGUGACUGUUUAUGUUUAUAUGCAGAUAUACAAUCUCACAUUUAAUUUGUAAAUUCCUUUCAGUUCUUCACAAAGUAAACAGUGAAUUGCUAACCUAACAUUUGUAGAACACUGGUAAAUUCCAGUCAGAUACCCUUACAUGGUAUAUUUACGAAGAAUAACCACAAAGCUAUUAUUCUACUCCUUGUUGCUUUAAUUUCCUUCCAAGGUCUUCAUUGCUUGCUUAUGUCAUUGAAAUUCUGAAAACCUCAUAUUUUAUUCUUUUCUCAUUUCAUGCCUCUUGUGCAAGCUGUAGUGCAAAUGAUGUAAUGUUGAAGGUUUCUUAGGAAGCCAAUACUAUGCCAUUGGAGACUAUAGAGAAAGAUUUUUCUACAUUAACACUGUAUCAUCUCAGCCUAGAAAUGAGCCAGAGCUGUCUUCCAACUAGGUGAUAGCAUAUACAGGAGUCUUAACUUUUCUCCUGAACCUCUGGAAAUUUAUAAAAUGAGCAAAUUCAAGAUGCAGUCAUUGCAGUUUUUUCACAAUGCUUGACUUAUAAAUAGUUUGGAGGAAAUGUAUUGGAAUAAUAUGAAAAUCAGCUGGUGGUAUGGGUCCCUGCCUUACUUUCAAAUGUUAUGGAUAUAUCUCUUGGAGCUUGCAGUACCCUUUUCAAAACUCAGCUGUCAUAUGGAUCUCAUUUGCUACUCACAUGUAGACAAAUAUUUAACAUAAUUAAUAUAAUGACCUUCAGUAUUUUUCUAUUGAACAAGUUUAGCAAUUUUUGCCAUUAAGUAAAUAGUAUGCAAAGUAUUUAGCUUUUAUAAUCAUUUUAGUUAUGACUAAAAGGGGGAAAUUGAGCUGUAACACUGAUAAUGAACUUUGUGAGAAAUUUUUGUUAUCUGACUUUCAUUCCUUCAGUAUUCUUGCUAUAAAUUUUUUUUGGAGAUAAUGAUGAAGAUUUAUUUGAAAAUGUCUAAAAUGUAUGUAUAU